AGCUCUGCAACUGUUCUGCUCUGCUUUCGCAUUUUCAACAAUUGUUGUUGAUGUCGUGUUCUGUGUUUAUUUUUAUUUAUUUUUCUUUUACAUAGAUUAAAUUAUUUAUAAGUUGCUCUGCUGCUAUUUGUUAAAGCAUUAAACCCGCAAUCAUCGUAGCGUGAAGAUGGCGGAUGCAAUUGUUUUCGCAGUUUUAACAAUAAGCGACACUUGCAGCCAGGACUCCAGUAAAGAUCGUAGUGGGCCUCGUCUGGUAUCGCUCAUACGCGAUGCAUUCCAAAAUGCUAACAUCCUUACAGAUAUAAUAGCGGACGAACGCGAACACAUUAGCGCGAAGCUACGUGAACUUGUAGCCCAGAAAACGCCAAGUGUUGGUGCAAUUAUUACUACCGGUGGAACUGGCUUUGCACCUCGUGAUGUCACACCAGAAGCCACAAAAGUAGUAUUGGACAAAGAAUGCCCGCAGCUGUCACAAUACAUUGCGCAAGCGUCACUCCAAAAGACCAAAUUCGCUGCUUUAUCACGCGGUGUAUGCGGCAUAGCAAACAGCACACUAAUACUCAAUUUCCCCGGCAGCGAAAAGGCAGUGACCGAAUGCUUUGAAGUAGUUCGCGAGCUGCUGCCCCAUGCGCUACAGUUGAUAGGCAAUGAAUUGCCGUUGGUGCGGCGCGUACAUGCCGAGUUGCAAGCGGCUGGUGAUGGUGGAGCAUCCACCCGACAUGUAUGCCCACACAAGACAGGCAAGGGCGACGAUAACGACAGAAAUUCACCAUACCCCAUGAUUUCGGUUAUGCAGGCUCUCGAGAUAAUACUUGAAACGGUGCAACAAAGGCGCGAUAUAGCGCAGCUGCUGAAUGAAUUUGUGGCGCCGGUAGAUAUACCACCCUUUCGCGCAUCCAUCAAGGAUGGUUAUGCAAUGAAAUCGACAGGCUUUUCAGGCACAAAGAAAGUACUGGGCUACAUAUCGGCGGGUGAUGAGGAAAUCGUGCACGAUUUUCAAGAGGAUGAAUGCUACAAGAUCAACACCGGCGCACCAUUGCCACACUAUGCCGAUUGUGUGGUGCAAGUGGAGGACACCAAGCUGCUGAAGAAGAAGAAAACGGGCGAGGAGGACUUGGUCGAGAUUUUAGUCGAGCCCAAAGCCAAUGUGGACAUACGGCCUAUUGGCUCCGACCUUCGCAAAGGCAGCAAACUCUUUCCAUCUGCCGAUCACUCAGCCGUGGUCAUUAAAUCCAUACUGGCAUCGGUGGGAAAAAAUUUGGGUGCUGUACGCAAACCGAAAAUUGGCAUAAUCUCAACAGGCAGCGAGCUGCUAGCGCCACAACAACCUGAAGUAAUUGGCAAGAUUUACGACUCAAACACAACUAUGCUGGAGGAGCUGCUAGUAUAUUUCGGUUUCGAAUGCGCUCAAAAACUGGUGCUAAGCGAUGACUUCGAGAUCGUCAAAAGUAAAAUAUCAGACUUAUUCAAGCAUGUUGAUUUUGUUAUCUGCAGCGGUGGUGUUUCAAUGGGCGAUAAGGACUACAUAAAGCCAGCGCUGGAGAGUUUGGGUUUCUCGAUCAAUUUCGGGCGCGUAAACAUGAAACCGGGAAAACCUAUGACUUUUGCCUCCAUGCAAGAGCGCUACUUCUUUGGGCUGCCAGGCAAUCCAGUUUCCGCAUUCGUCACAUUUCACUUGUUUGUUUUGCCGGCAAUACGUUGGUUUGCUGGCUGGGAGCGUGACAAAUGCGAAUUGACGUCUUUGCCGAUAACCUUACAAAACGACAGCAUUAGCCUUGAUCCACGUCCGGAGUAUGUGCGCGCUUCGGUUACAAGCAAAAAUGGUCGCUUAUACGCCUCGGUGAAUGGCAGCCAGAUGAGUAGCCGUUUGCAGAGCAUUGUUGGCGCAGAUGUGCUAGUGCACCUGCCCGGACGCACGGUGGGUAAACCCAGCGCUGUAGCAGGUGAUAUAUAUCGCUCUUCUGUGCUGCGUUAUGAUUUCAUUUCGAAAUAUGAAUAGAAUUUAUGUAAAAUGCUUAUGCGUGGGUACUUUUCGCAUGCAUACUCGGGCAAUGUUUCCUUAAUAAAAUUUCAAAUGUUUUUAAUGAAUAAUAAGGGUGCCUUGUAAAAGCUCAUAUAUUUUUGUAAAGGUUAAUAAUUGUGGCAGCCAAAU